AUGGCGGAACAAAGGCCUUGCCGGGUGCGUCUAGACGCCACUGACUGUCUUGACGAAAACGCCUUGGAGGAGCUAGAUGACAAACUUGAAUCCAUGAACCGGAUGUCAAAGUCCGACAAAACCGAAGAGGGGGUGCGAGCUACGCUCUUGGAUGAGCUACUGAACGCUGAUUUCCAAACCAGAGACUCAUCCAAAGCUAGCCUCCGGGCCGGUCUCGUCGGGCGAGGCCCGAGACAUGGUGCUGUGCUGCGGCGACCGUUGAGAGGGGCUCAGUUGAUCCUGGUUCCCGCCCCUGUCCUUCACAACUGGGUGCGCAUGUGGGACAUGUUUGUUGACGAAGAGAAUUCAGACAUGGAGCUCCACAUCGCCUACCACACAAACUUCGGCACCGAACAUCCUCUUGUGAGCAAUGAGCACCGCGGGCAGUUUCAGUGGGCCGACAUCGAGGAUUACCGUCGGACCGAGGCGGAGUACUUCGCGUGCCUCAAUCCCCGGCCCAUCGAAUGGAAAGAACGGUACGAGGCUGCUCAGACCCAGCCUAAGCGGAACAGCAAGAUGGGAGAGAAGAUUGCCAUUGCCUAG